GUGGUUGUUUGCAGGCGGCGCGCGCGCGUGUUUCGUUCCGGAAUGAUGGAAUUCGUAUUUUGAAAUGUGACAGUUGUACGUAGUAUUUUGAACUAUGGGUGUAUUUUCUUUGGUGGUAAUUUCCCGUGUAGUGUAUUGUGAUUUAUGACUUAGCUAAAAUACUGGAUGUUGGAUGUUAUGAUUUCGAGUUCCGGUCGCGCAAAAAUUUCGCCGGCCGACGAAAAAAUAUCUUGGAUCGCGUCCAAAUAUUAUGACACUUUGAUGAACGAAAAUAAAAUUAUAUUUUUGGAGAUGGAUUAGGAAAUAACUGUGAACGUUCGAAUUUUAUUGGAUAUUAAAUUUGAAAUUAGACGAUGUUAUGUAAAACAAACGAAUAUAUUUAAAAAAAGAAGAUGAUUGUUUAACUAAGAGUUAAACGCAAUUCGAAGAGGGUAGUUCAGAAUGUGGAACAUGAAAUAUCACUGGGGCAUAUUUUAAUAAAUAACAAGCUAAAGAAAAACAAAAGAUUCAACAAUAACAGUUUCGAAAUUCGAAGAUAAAGGUUUGGGUGGAAAAUAUCAAUGUGUACUUUAACAAACGAAACAUAUAUGGUGUGGCAUAGUGAAGUGAUUCGGACAAAAAAUUGUGAAAAUGUCGAAAGAUAUGAAUUUUUAUGUGCUAGUGAUGUUAUUAGUAACACAGACCCUGAUUAGAACGAGUGAAGAGAUCGUGGAAGCGAAUAUCAUUCAAGUUUGGUCAGCUCCGGGUAGCGAGACGCGACUGCCAUGUGACUUAGCAGCGUCCGUCCCAGAUGUGGCCAUGAUGAUGUGGUUCAAGGAUGGGGACCGAAUGCCGAUUUACACUGUCGACUUCAGAAACGGUCCACCAGUCCACUGGGCUGUGGCUGGUGAAUUUGGUACGAGAGCCCACUUCGUCUUAAAUCAAUCUGAUCCAAGAUCAGCCCAUCUCGUUGUUAACAAGGUAGCAAGAUAUGACGAGGGGGUUUAUAGAUGUCGGAUCGACUACAAUGACUCACCAACGAGAAACUACAGGGUGAAAUUGACUGUUAUUGUUCCACCGGACUCGCCUCGAAUUUAUGAUCCUGAAGGUAAAGAGAUUCUUGGAACAAUCGCAGGACCCUUUCGAGAAGGACAAGAUUUGCUUCUCUCCUGUCAGGCUUCUGGAGGUAAGCCUCCGCCAGAUGUAUCGUGGUAUCGCGGCGAAGAGCGUCUAGCGAUAACCAAAGAUGGGUCUGUUUGUCAAAUACACCUGCCGUCGCUGUCAAGGGAGAUGGCGGGCACAAAACUUCAGUGUAUAGUUGAGCCACCCUUAUUACAGUCGCAACGCAGAGAAAUUACUAUUAAAUUAUAUUUAAAGCCCCAAUUUAUACGAGUAACCGGCGGUGGUCCAACCCGAGCUGGUCAUGAGAGAUCCUUCGUUUGUACCACACGAGGCUCUAAGCCCGCUCCCAAUAUAGACUGGUUCAUCAAUUCACAAAAGAUUGACUCAGCACUGACACAGGUAGAGGUGGAAGGCGAAUUGACGAAGAGUAUUUUAACCUGGCGCGUGAGGCGAGAAGACAGUGGAAGGCAACUCGUCUGCCGCGUUUCCAAUCCUUGGUUUCCUGCUUACACUCUUGAAGACUUACUUAAUCUUGAAGUUCUAUAUCCUCCAGUUGCACAAAUAUCUUUGGUUGAACCGAAGGAACCACGCUUACUACGAGAAGAUGAAGACGCUGUUCUGCUAUGCUCAUCAUAUGCCUCACCUCCAUCGUACAACUUCACUUUCUAUAAAGGAACUGAGGAUCACCUGAUUCGUGAUGACCCUAUAGGAGGCAUAUCCGUGGAAGGCGACAAGUUAAUUUUACGAGGUCUAAGAAGACAUCACGCUGCGAGAUACAGGUGCAGAGCUUGGAAUUCCGAAGGAAGUGGAUUGAGCGAACCGCUCACCUUCAAUGUUUUAUCCCGGCCAGAAUGUUCCGCUGGUAGCGUAGUGCAGCAGUUAGCAGGGGCGCCUGGUGGUGAAGUUAGAGCAAGAUGCUCCGUAUCCGCACCUUCUGCUAAUGAUGCUGGUCCACUGAGAUUCUAUUGGACUUAUAAUGGGACAAAGGAUGUUUUGCCAAUACCUGCAUCGAACGUUACUGUUAUGGGUGCUACCAGUACAGUCAUUCAUGGUCUGCCGUCCUUAGAUGAUGAAGAAGAUUUAGGCUGGCUUGCUUGUUGGGCCAGUAACGAUAUUGGGAACCAGAGGGAACCUUGUCUGUUUAGAAUAAUGCCUGCAGCACUUCCUGAGGCUCCCAGUAACUGCGCGAUUGAAGACGAGUUUCUUCAAUGCGAGCCAGGUCACGACGGUGGUUUACCGCAACGGUUCAUACUCGAGGCGUUGGAGGUACGCCACCAUGAUACUGUGCAAGGGGACGAGUCCACCAUGAACGAUCAGGGCAUUUCUGGAAGAGGUCUAUCAGAAGCUGUGUAUAGAGCUAGCAACGAUGUGACACCUCAGUUCGCUCUUGACGCUCUGUCACCGGGGCGGUAUACAUUCCUCGUUUAUUCAGAAACACCUCGUGGAAGAUCUCAGCGGCCAGCUGCUUUGCACAGUAUUUCCAUACGAACACCUAAUGAUUUGGACACACCAGGUUCACUGCAAACAAUGACGCCUUCGCCACCACAGCCACCAUCGAGUGAUAACAGUAUGGCACUCUUAAUAGGAGCUUCUUUAGCAUUAGUGCUACUUACCGUACUUACCACACUUUGCGUCACAAUUGUUAUUAUGUGCAAGAAGAGACAACAACCACAAAGAGAUCCUGAACAGAAUACUAUUCUACGAAGAAGUGUUGGCGUGUCUAUGUAUAGUGGGUCAUCUAUAUCACCAAGUGUUGUACCAACAGUCGUCGUUAGAGGUCAUAGAGGAUCAAGAGUGUUGGCCGCUAGAUGGUCGGGAGUUAUUGAUGAUACACCGCUCGCUGUACUGGCAUUAGAUACGAGACCUCAUGCCGAUACGGACUCAGGACACAGCGAUGGUGAAUUACUAGAAACAGACUUGACAAGGAAUUUUGGCAACAUGGAAACACAAACAGAUACAUAAAUACUUAUCAAUGAUGUACAUUUGGAAGAAAUUAAAUCGUUUUAAAAUUCAAAGGCAUUAGGUGUUCCUUCGAAAUUUGAACCACCGAAUCAAGCGUUGGCAUUGGAUUUGUAACUUGAUAUAAUGAUAUAAAUGAAUGGAUAUUUGUAAGGUUUGACUAGGAAUUAAUUAUCAUAUUUAAAUUGUUGAGAAGAUGAUUAUAAAUAAUGAUCGUAAUAACAAACUUAAAAUAUCGAUGAAUUAUUGUGAUGUGCUGCAUGCAGUAUUAUGUAUUAGUGAUAAUUAUUUAAGAUUGAGUGCUAUUUAUAUUGUAUUGAGAAAAUAUAGGCGUUACAUUUCACACAACAACUAUAUACACAAUGGAAUAAAUAAAAAUCAAAAUUUAAAAUACUUUCGGUGCAAACCAUGUCCGCAAGGAAUGGCGACAAGAAUGCUAUCAGUCUUUUCAUUUUGAAUCGCAAAUCCGAUCUGGAUGACCAAUGAACCAGCCCACAGUCAUCAAAAGAGGCUACAACGUGGAAUGUCAUAUUUAAUCAAACUAUCUGCACUAUUACUUCAAGUUUAAAGAAAAAAACAAUAUUGCCAAUAAGAAACAAAACUGUAACCAUAUUAAACAUAUCAAAGAAUAAUUACUUUAUCGACUACGGGUAUUAUUGUAGACAGUUUUUAACUUUAUUUCAGUGUAUUCUGUUAGUAGUAAGUUUAUUUUUAUUAAACUCACCGAUAGUAGCUUUACAACAGUUUAUUUCAUUGAUCAAAGAGCGGUUGUAUAUAAUUCGCUUAAAAUAAAAAUGCUAUAAAGAUAUCGUAGGAGUCAUGACUUAACUUUUUCAUUUAUCCGACCCACUUAUUUCAUAAUUACCAGACCUACAAAAUAUUUAAUAACAACGAUUAUUUAUUAAUUAUACAUAGUAUAAGAUUUUAUGUUUACCAAGGAAUAAUGAAAGUAAUAGAUAAUUUUUAAAUAGUUCGAAAAUGU